AUGCGCUUCCGCGUCACGCUCUCGUGCCUCGUGCUUCCCAUGCUUGUGCUUGGUGGCCAUGGACCUGCUUCCAUCAAUGUCGUGUCGCUGCCGACGAUAACAACACCAACGAACGAGUUGACAUCAACGCCGGGUGCGUCACCACCCCCACCAUCAAGUAAACCGUCGAUAUCGAUUCCAAGCGACUGGACUCAUGCGCGACCAUCCCCGAAUAACGCCACGGCCACCACGUCGACAAUUGGCAGCAUGCGUACGACCCCCCUUGAAACCAUCGUGUUCCCUGCAACAUCAGCCACUCCGCCACCGUUGACGAGCGAGUCCGAGGAACCCACAACGUUGGACCGCACAAAACCGCCGAUUCCACUUGACCAAGGCUCCCCUGACAUUGGUGUCAUGAACAACCUCUUGCCUGCCUCCGUUGCGUUUGUCGGGAUGACCUUGUGCCUAGUGGUGGUCGUAUAUUUCCAUCGCAAGCGACGAAUGCGCGACGACCAGACCCGGCAGCCAUGGCUAGAUUCGCCGUCGGGCUCCCCUACUAUGACUGUCAAGCACACCGACUCACCCUCCGCCACGUCCAUCGCCCCCUAUCACCCCAGCCUGGACACGCGCAACCUUUGCAACGACGAUGAGUCGUCGUGCGUUGUUGACCCAUGGUUUGAAAGUGGGAUCUCGUCUCUAGCGAGCAUGGACGUUGAUACAACCCGGUUCAUGGAAAUGGUGCACGUGAAAGUGCAUGUGCAUGCGCUAAGCAACGCGUGA